AGCGUCUUUGAUGAAACGGAGCACGAUGUAUGUCCCGCUUCGGCAUAUUCGACCGUCAAGUGCGACAUCUUGAAGUGUUUAGAGGAGUUCGAGAAGUACGUUGAAAGUAGUCGUUUGCUUGCGCUGUGCAAUAAUGUCGCAGGACGUGGGGCCUCCUAGUAUCGGUUGCAGUGAAGAGGCGGCCGAGCAGACGACCGAAACUGCUGGCGCCGACAGAACGGGCAAAACCAUGGCAGCGGAGGUGACACUCGCCGAUGCCUUGUCCAACGUGGAUGUGUUGGACGAGCUGCCGCUGCCGGAUCAGCAGCCCUGCAUCGAAGCUUUGCCCUGCAGCAUAGUGUAUCAUGCCAACUUCGACACGAAUUUCGAAGACCGAAAUGCAUUUGUGACAGGAGUCGCCAAGUACAUUGAAGAAGCCACCGUCCAUGCCGAGCUUAAUGAAAUGCUUGAGCAAGGACAGGAGCAUGCAGUCAUGCUUUAUACAUGGAGGUGUUGCUCACGUGCCAUUCCACAGCCCAAGUCAAAUGAGCAACCGAAUAGGGUAGAGAUUUACGAAAAGACAGUUGAAGUACUUGCACCUGAGGUGAACAAGCUGCUCAACUUCAUGUACUUUCAGAGAAGGGCCAUUGACCGGUUCACAGCUGAGGUUAGGAGGUUGUGCCAUGCUGAAAAACGGAAAGACUUCGUGUCAGAAGCCUACCUCUUAACCCUUGGCAAGUUCAUCAAUAUGUUCGCUGUGCUGGAUGAGCUGAAGAACAUGAAGUCCAGUGUGAAAAAUGACUAUGCGACUUACAGGAGGGCAGCCCAGUUCCUCAAGGUAAUGGCUGACUCUCAAGCACUUCAGGAGUCACAGAACCUGUCCAUGUUCCUGGCAACGCAAAACAAAAUACGUGACACACUCAAGGAGACCCUGGAAAAGAUUGUUGGCUAUGAUGACCUCUUAGCAGACAUUGUCAACAUCUGUGUCCAGAUGUACGAGACCAAAAUGUACAUGCUGCCUGCAGAGAAGCACAUGCUGGUUAAGGUGAUGGGAUUUGGUCUUUUUCUAAUGGACGGAGAGGUGUGCAACAUCAACAAACAAGACCAGAAGAAACGGAUAAACAUCAGCAAGAUCGACAAGAUAUUCAAGGCUCUGGAAAUGGUGCCACUGUUUGGAGACAUGCAGAUAGCACCAUUCCACUAUAUCAAGUGCAGCCCACACUAUGAGGCAUCCCGGUGGCCAUUGGCAAGUGCGAGCAGCCCAAGCCCUCAAUCUGACCUCUUGCAACAUCUGCCAGCCAUUCGAGAUGACUACGAACGCUACAUCAGCGAACUCGCACGUCACAGUAAUGAGGUCACAACAACCGUAAAAGAAACACCACGAACAGAUGCAGAAAACAAGGAGUUGAAUGACUUGGCUCUUAGGGGACUCCAACUCCUGUCUGACUGGACAACUCACGUCACAGAGCUUUACUCAUGGAAGUUGAUGCACCCUACUGACCCACACCAGAACAAGGACUGUCCACAGGAGGCUGAGGAGUAUGAGCGAGCCACUCGUUAUAACUAUACUGAUGAAGAAAAGUUUGGCUUGAUUGAAGUGAUAGCCAUGGUAAAAGGCCUACAGGUUCUCAUGAGCCGAAUGGAGACGGUCUUCACGGAUGCUGUCAGGCGACAUGUGUACUACGAACUACAGGGAUUUGUGCAGUGCACUUUGCGUGAGCCACUACGUAAGGCCGUGAAGAACAAGCGUGACCUUGUCCGCAGCAUCAUCAUGUCUGUUCGAGAGACAUGCGCUGACUGGAAACGUGGGACAGAACCCAACGAGGACCCAGCUCUCAGGGGGAAGAAAGACCCUGACAAUGGAUUUGAUAUUUCUGCACCGCGGAGAAAUGUUGGCCCUUCCAGCACACAGUUGUACAUGGUGCGCACAAUGCUGGAGUCACUGAUUGCUGACAAGAGUGGUGGCAAGCGAACUCUGCGCAAGGACAUCGAUGGUCCCUCCCUCAUGGAGAUUGACAGGUUCCACAAGGGAUCUUUCUACUGGAACUACCUACUCAACUUUAGCCAAACAUUGCAAGAGUGUUGUGACCUGUCCCAGUUGUGGUACCGAGAAUUCUACUUGGAAAUGACAAUGGGAAAAAGAAUCCAGUUCCCGAUUGAAAUGUCCCUUCCGUGGAUCCUGACCGAUCACAUCCUAACCACAAAGAACCCUUCCAUGAUGGAAUGUGUAUUGUACCCUUUGGACUUGUACAACGACAGUGCAUUCUAUGCCCUCACUAAGUUCAAAAAACAGUUUCUCUAUGAUGAAGUGGAGGCUGAAGUCAACCUGUGCUUCGACCAGUUUGCAUACAAACUGAGUGACCAGAUAUUUGCCUACUAUAAGCACCUGGCUGGCAGCAUCCUGCUGGACAAGCGCUUCCGCGUUGAGUGUGCAAGCAACUCAACUGUGUUUGCCUACCCCGUGGCCAACCGGUACGAGACUCUGUUGCGGCAGCGACACGUGCAGCUGCUGGGCCGCUCGGUAGAUUUGAACCGCCUGGUUGCCCAGCGGUUGGGUGCUGCGCUCCAACGGAGCCUGGAGCUCGCCGUCGCGCGCUUUGAGGCGCAGGACAUCACGGGUGUUGUGGAGCUUGAAGGCCUGCUGUCAGUGAAUCGUAUGACACACAAGCUACUGAGCAAGUUUGUCACCCUCGAUGACUUCGAUGCCAUGCUGAGAGAAGCAAACCACAAUGUCCUGGCACCUUAUGGUCGCGUGUGUCUUCACGUCUUUUGGGAGCUUAACUAUGACUUCCUGCCAAACUACUGCUACAACGCAGCUACAAACAGGUUUGUCAAGGUGAAAGACAUCACUCUGACGCAACCUGUGACUAGAGAGAAAAUGCCCAGUGCCCAGCCUCACUACAUCUAUGGGACUAAGGCAUUGAACUCAGCAUACCAGCAAAUCUACAGCCUGUACAGUGGCUUUGUGGGUGCACCCCACUUCCGUGCCAUCUGCCGGCUCCUGGGCUACCAGGGCAUUGCCGUUGUCAUGGAGGAACUGCUCAAAAUCGUCAAGAGCCUGAUCCAAGGUACCCUGCUGCAGUACACAAAAACCCUCCUAAAAGUAAUGCCCAAACACUGUAGGCUCCCACGCUAUGACUAUGGCUCCCCUGGCAUCCUUGGUUACUACCACGCUCAACUGAAUGACAUUGUGCAGUACCCCGAUGUGAAGACUGAAAUGUUCCAAAGCUUUCGGGAAGUUGGCAAUGCUAUACUGUUCUGCCUUCUGAUAGAGCAGAGCUUGUCACAGGAAGAGGUGUGUGACCUCCAGCAUGCUGCACCAUUCCAGAACAUUCUGCCACGACCUUACUGUAAAGAUGGAGAAAAACCGGAGACCAAGCUGAAGCGUCUUGAAGCCAAGUACGGGCCUCUGCAGGUGGUGCAGACUAUUGAGCGCCUUGGAACACCAAAGCAAGCCAGCAUUGCCAAGGAGGGGGACCUCCUGACGAAGGAGCGCCUGUGCUGCGGCCUGUCGGUGUUUGAGGUCAUCCUGACUCGCAUCAAGUCUUACCUGGACGACCCCUUGUGGGUGGGGCCACCUCCUACCAAUGGGGUCAUGAAUGUGGAGGAGUGCACCGAGUUCCAUCGGCUGUGGAGUGCCCUGCAAUUUGUCUACUGCAUCCCUGUCGGCGAGAACGAGUUCACUGUCGAGCAACUGUUUGGGGAAGGAUUGCACUGGGCCGGCUGUGCCAUGAUCGUGCUGCUUGGACAGCAACGCCGCUUCGAGGCCCUCGACUUCUGCUACCACAUUCUGCGAGUUCAGCGAGUCGAUGGCAAAGACGAGCUGGUCAAGGGAAUUCCCCUGAAGCGGAUGGUGGAUCGCAUUCGACGUUUCCAAGUGCUCAACUCACAGAUAUUUGCUGUGCUGAACAAAUACCUAAAAACAAGUGAUGCCGACAGCCUGCCUGUGGAGCAUGUGCGCUGCUAUCCUCCACCUAUCCACCAAUCGCUCGCAGCCUCGAGACCUCCACCAGGCACCAUUUACAUGCGCGCUGACAUUGUCCUCAAGUAAUGGGUGACUGCUAGUGCUUUCAUCAUACGAAUGGUCAUGGCAGGCCCGGAAGUUUUGAGUUCCUUAGCAUUUGGGUUCACUUAGCAUGAAGUUGCACUUGUGUAGUAUGGGAAGAAGUAGACGUGACACAUUGCUCACUAGGUAACACAUGAGCAUCUGCUGCAUCAAUUUAGUGUGAUGUCCAAUUUGGUGUUGCUGACUCAGUCACUUUUACGAUCAAUCCCGGUCCUAUGCUCACAUUUUAUGGGAAGUUCUAUCAUUCUCUAAGUGCUGGUUGGUUAUGUGUAUGCCAGCUUGGACAGUGAAAAAUAAUGUGGCCCCAAUGCCUGUAUGUGUACUCUUAGCUGCUUGUGUAAGAUUGAGGGACUUGUGGUUCGUGUUCUCAACUAUCAUGGAAAAGUAUAGCGUUCUCCAAGUAAUUGACAACCACUAGAUGUAAGCCUUUAGUGAGAAGAGAACAACAUUCCAAACAUGAUUCCAUUCUUUCAUGAAAGGCACAUCUGGAGGCAAGAGAACUUGUACCAACAAUAUAAACGCAUGCCUGUGACUAGGCUACAUUGUAACAUAAUUGUUUACACUAAUGCAGUAAUUUAUAGUGUAAUUGGCCUUGUGUAAGAAUGUAGCAUUGUCCAAGUAAGUCUAGAGGAGUGUUUAUACCAAAUGCAGUUACCUGAACCUUGAAUUGAAUUAGUAUUGUGAACGUCAUUUGGCUGACACGUGUCACGAUUCUGCGACAUAGUGGUGAAGUGUGUUCAAAGAAGUUUCGUUAGUGUUCUUGGUUGUGAAAUUGUAGGUCCCUCCUAAAAUGUUGGCCUUGUUCUUCAGUGUGAGCCAUAUACCAUAUGGCCUCUCAUGUCUCAUUUCAAUACUGCUGGGCUAAUUAAAGUUGCCGCCCCCCCCUCCCCCCCUUUUUUUUCAUGUCUAUGUCUUCCUCCUCCAGCAAACUAAUUGAGUGCAUUGUGCUCUAUCAAGUUUUCUUUUUCUUGUUUUUUCCCCCCCCUCUUUAGGUGGCAUUGACAGGACAAAGCAGCUAAAACGUGUUUGUCCUUCGCGUUUAGGUAGACCCUAAUGUAACAGCAGGAAGUGCUUAUGCUAAUGUUCUUGGGCUAUGUGCCAAAGCCACAUCUUGAGUUUGAGACAUGCUAAACAUAAUAAAAUGUACUUCUCCACUGUUCCCAGAAACCAUUUAAACCCGCUUUUGAAGAGGAUAUGUAACGCUAAACUUCAGAAAAUCAAUGGACGAAGAAUACAUGUGAGACUAAAGUAGGUUGAUUGAUAGUACUGUUUUCAUGUGUAUGACCCACCCUCCUUAUUACAAUAUAGUAGAACCCUGUUAAUAAAUUUUUAAGAAAUGCAAAAGAAAACAUACAAACUGCGAAAACGUACGAUCUGAAGCCACUAAAAAAAUUUGGCAGGCUCAACUGUAGUUGACAUCCAUGUAAUGCAAAGCGUUACGCGAAUUGUUGUGGCACGAGAUGCCGACGCAUGCCGAGCUGGUGGGGCCCCAAGUGGCCCGAGACGCACAUCGUUUUUACAGCUUCAGCAAGCAUACGUUUGCGCUUCUCAAAUUCGGCCUGGGUCAACAGUUUCUUCAGGCGGGGCAUUUUUACAGGAAGUUUUGACGUGCUCACUCGGCACCUGGCACGAGAUGUCAACGUCUGUUUGAAAUGAAUUCGAGCGGGUGGUCUUUACCUGAAUAUGAUGCCGCCAUAGUGAAACAUGAUCCUCACUUUGAGCUGCCUGCAGCAGGGAACGGCAGUGCAUUUGGGUUCUCAUCUUUUAAAAGCGUGCUGUGUGCUUUCAACAGCACUACAUCACACCUGCUGCGACACAGAUGGGUGAAGAUGCUUAUCGCAAUAUGGUUGGCAGUGAUAGCUGUGAUUGGGGCAUCUCAGAACCAGCGAGAUUCGCUGAUACCAGAAUAGGAAACUGACUGCCUACUGGCAUUCUUGUGCGACACAGGCGGGUGAGUGCUGCAGCGGGUACCUACUGUUCUCAAUAACGCAUGCCUCGUGCCUUUUCUUGUUAACAUGGGAUCUAGUGGCUGUAAAAUGUAUUGUACGACCGCAUUUUGGCUGUGUACUGAACAUUAGUGCUGAAAAAUAGUGUUUUCCGCGAAUUUGUCAACCAGCAAAAAAGAAGCGUAACUGUGUUAGGUCAUUUUUUGUGCUGGUGCCGGGAAAUCUUACGAAACGGGAUCGUAUCAACAAUGUUCUACUGUAUUCAGAAAGGGGAAAAAGAGUUCCGCAUGUGUAACCAUAGGCAACAAUAUUAAAAUCCUAUAUGUACAAGCAACCCAGCAACAUUGUUGACACAGUGAAAAAAGGAAGGUCCAGGAUUAAUAUUGUUUUAUACGCUAAGUAAUUAUCGCUUUCACCUCUUCUUUGUUUAUAUACAGUGUAGCUUCAUGACGCACAGUGUGGCUGCAUCUAUAAUCACACACCAACUUUGCCUUCAGGUGCAGCUGCCCGGUAAUGUGCUCCAUGCUGCUGUGCAGCUGUACCAAAUGGCAACAUGUAGCAUCUCUCGUAGCCCUCAUGUUACUUUGAGACGUCAAAUCCAGUAAUCUUUUUUAACAUUCAUGUACAACAACUGCACUUGUUCGUAAGUUUCUUGAUUAUUUUUUACGUGGGGCAAGUGCAUGAAAACAUGGUAGUUUUAUCAGGGCAAGAUAUUCACAGAGAAUAUAUUGCUGCGUGUUUAGGUUUAGGCUAGGCAGAAGUGCAGCCUUGUAAGGUUGCAGCAUACAAUGCAGAACUUCUGUCACUUUCAGAAAAUUCUUUUAGUUGUAUUGUGAAUUGCACACAUCAUGCAGCAAAGGCGACUUUGAUGCAGCUGCUGUUGUGCCUAUAAAGGUGUUAUAAAGUGAAGGGUGUGAUGUGCUACUGCCAGUGAACUACUACCGCAUAGGAAGUUUUUAAUUAUCCAUUUUAUUUCACCUGUGGCAAAAAAAAAAAAGAAAUACUAGUGUAACACAGAACCAGCACAAAUGACAUUGUGCUAUCAUUUCACAUUUUUGUGGAACUGUCUGUGUGAACAGAGAUUUAUUUUAUUUUGUAGUCUCAUUCUAUGCUUGUCUUUUCAUACCACUGUUAGUUAUGUUGAAAUCAUUCAUCAUUGUGGCUUUUGUAUCGUGUGUGCAAUGAAAGAAGAAUAAUUCCUGUGUAUCACCUUCUGUUGAUCUUUUGUUUUCUAGUGUGUUCAUUGCUACGGUGUUCAAAACCUGCACAGAGGGUCACUAACUCAAGUUAGGGCAUAAUUUGUUCCAAAUAUUUAUUACUUACCUUCUACAAAGAUACUUGAAUAUUGUAUUUUUAGCUUCUAUACAUUUGACAUACCUUUUUAUUCUGCUGCACAUGGCACACUGUCAUGAUGGACUGCUGUAUCAGUUUAUGUUGAAAACCAGACGCUGUUAGUCAUCCUGUAAUUCCAGAGUGUUACUGUUUUUAGUGAGCUUGAAGAUAUGUAGUGCAAAAUUAGAGCUUUGUUUGUGCUGUCUAUAGAAUGUGUAGUAAGGAGACUGCAUAAUGUGUUGUCUUUGUUCAGCAUUUUCACUUUAAACCUUGCAAUCAUUUACAAGCAAGAUUUUACAUGACUGCUAUUAUUUGGUAACAUUUUCAAUUUGUACGUACAUUACAAUAAAUGGAGUCUAAUAUGUGA